GAAUGUUCGAAUCCGCCGGUCGUGUACAGAUACAAGGCUUACGGGAAGAGAUCGUUACAGAUGCAUCACAAGUGCUGGAUCUUCUAGAGAAAGGUCAAAACGCACGCCAUCAAGCAGCAACUGAUUGGAACGAACGAUCAAGUAGAAGUCAUUGUGUUUUCAUGUUGACUGUGGAAAGUAGAGCAAAAGCAAACAAAUCAUCAAACGUUCGACUAAGUCAAUUGAACUUGAUCGAUCUUGCAGGUAGCGAACGUGCUGCGACUGAGAAAGAACGCAGAAAAGAAGGUGCAUUUAUCAACAAGUCGCUUUUGACUUUGGGAACUGUGAUUGCGAAGCUGUCUGAACAAUGUGCAUCAGGAAAGCAAGAACAGCAUAUCCCAUACCGCGACUCAAAGUUGACAAGGUUGCUACAGUCCUCGCUAGGUGGAAAUGCUAGAGUUGCCGUGGUUUGCACCUUGAGCCCCAAAAAGGAACAUGCUAUUGAAAGUUUAAGCACGCUUCGAUUUGGUUCACGAUGCAAGAUGGUCACUACACGUGCUAAGCAAGGAAGCGUGGUGGAUGAUAAGGCCUUGAUUGCGAGAUACAGACGAGAGUUGGAAAAGUUACGAGCUCAACUAGAGGUUGGCAAUACGACGACAUCCAACGAACAAGCUGUUGCCCCUGCUCGUGUUCAAGAUGAUGAAUCGAUCAAAGCAUUACAUCAGGAGCGUGAAAAAGCUGAAAGGGACGUCAAAGCGAUGAACGAUCAAAGAAGUGAACUCAAAAAGCAGAUUGAACAUUUGACAAGAUUGAUUUUGACCGGCAAAGAUGUCGAGCAAGGUCAGCAGCAAGCCGCAGUCCCGGAAGAGGAAGAUGAAGGCGAUAGAAGCAAGCGCAUUCGUGCUGCACGAAGGAGUGAUUUGGGUACUUCUAGCCCCAGUAAACGCAAUGUGGCAAGAUUCCCCAACGGUAUCACUUCUCCGCUGACACCGGUUCUUUCUUCUAAGAUGAACUCCAAAGAGAACGGAAUGGGCACUCCUUUGGCUUCAAAGCCAUUCGCAAUGGAAUCUGAACUUGCUCAAAUGCGCAAAAGUUUGUCAAAAGCACUGGCUGCCAAACAAGCAUCCGAGGAAGCCAGACGAAAAGAAGUACAACUUUGGCAAGCAAAAGUGAGUGAGCUUGAAGAAGCAAACAAAGAGCAAGAAGAUGAGCUCGAUGAAGCAGAAGAGGCAUUCAAACGAUUGCAGACCGAAAGAGAUGAACAUUACAAACGAAUGCAAUCAGAAAGAGACGAAGCUUUCAAACAAAUCCAAUUGGAACGUGAAUCGAUGCGAGCACAAGUACAUGAAGAACGUGAAGCAAACCGCCUAUUGAAACUCGUCGCUCAAAGCCGCACUUCCGAUCUGACCGAAGAACAGAAGCGAUCAAUUCUGGAAAGAGAAGCAGAGAUCAAGAAGCUUCGACAACAGCUUGAAAAGGUGGAGAAAGAGCAAGAGGUUUUCCAAAGCAGCAAGGCAGACCAUGACAAGCAGAUUCAAGACUUGCAGGAACAGCUCGUAAAAGCUCAAGGAUCAGCUGGUGAGCGUGUUACUGAAUUAGAAGCAGAGCUUGAAGCUCUUCGGGCUUCUUCUGCCAAUGCUGAUGAUGACGAUGGACAGAAUGAUGCCAGUGCAGAAUUCAAAGAUGCUUCACAAGGCGAAGUUGAACUUCUGAAGGAGAAGCUACGGAUCACAGAAGAGGAAAAGCAAAAGCUCGAAAAAGAAAUUCAGCAGAAUGCGCUAGACAGAGGUCAAGAAGAUGCAGAGCGUGACUUUGCAGAUUUGAUCAAAGGAGGAGAAGAUGCCAGCGGAAAUUCUGCUGCACUGCAAAAAGAAUUGCAAGAGCUCAAAGAGCAAUUGAAAAAGCAAACACAAGAGAACAAGGAUCAAAAGACUACCAUUGAAGAAUUGAAGGCAAACAACGGAAGCAAGCCAUUGCCCGUUCCAAGUCUCUCACCUUCUUCCAGCGCCUCACCUUCAAUGAACGACGAUCUACGAACAUCAAUGGAGCGUCAGCUGAAGAUGUCAGAAGAACGUUGCAAGGCAUUGGAAAAGCAAAUGGAGCUCUUGUCGAGAAAUCAAUCUAUCCCAAGCCCACCAAGUUCAGUCUCUUCAGCUUCUUCUUCUCGUAAUCCUACCGUGGUCGAAUUGCAAAUCGAAAGUGAUAUUCAAAAAUCACGCAUUGCCAGCUUGGAAAGACAGCUUUCAGAAGCAAGAGCCCGUGUACAAGAUACAAGUUUAGGCAGCAUCUCCUUGCCUGGAAGUCCAUUGAAAUGGUCUUCUUCUUCUCAAUUGGCUUCUACUCGCUCUAAUCCUGCAACGCCAAAUAAACGUGGUUUGGACAACGUUCGUGAAGAAGAUGACGAUGAUGGAGAUGAAACGAUGAUGUUACAUGCAGGACCAUAUUCUUCCGCUUCUUUGAACAACAGAAGAGGAAGAGGAGGAUCAAUGCGUGACUACAAACGAUACAGUGCAAGCCGAACAAGCUUUGGAGGAGGUGAUUUGGCAAUUCCUUCGCGUUCAACAGAGGAGCUUGAACGUCAACUGAAAGAAGAACGCGGAGAGAUUGAACGAUUGAAUGGCGUGAUUGCAACUCAACGUACGAUUAUGGCUGAAUUAGAAGCAAGUGUGGCAACAUGGAAAAAGAGACUCCGUACACAACAAGAAAUCAUUACGAAAUUGGUAGAAGCAGCAGGUGUAAAAGCUUCACCUUCUCUUAUUGCACAGACUCAAAGCUUGGCUGAGACACCAAUGAUGCACAAUAAUGGCAGCAGAGGAUCUGGAGCCGACUUGAAAAGAACAUCGUCCAAUGCAUCCACAAGUUCUGCAAGUUCAGCGCCAUACUAUGGCGCACACCUAUACAAUCGUCCGCCUGCUGGAUUGAGCGGUGCAGCUCAAGGGCUUGGAUUGGGUUCUUCUUCACCCACGAAGGGUACAGCAUGGUUGUCGAGUAUGCCAGGCAUCCGACCUGAUCCCCUGCCAUUACCAGAUUAUGCAAUCAGUGCAGGCUUAUCAUCACCGAAUGGAAAAGCUGCCCGCAGAAGAAAGACGAUUGAAAACGAAAUUGAAUCCUUGAAAGGAAGUCCAAGGGUUGAACAUACAAAAACACGAUUAUUGGAACCACAACAAUCUACCCAUUAUCCCACCCCACCACAAUCUUCUCAUCAUAAUUUCCCUUCACCACAAAGAUUAAGUAGACCCUUACCCGUCCCUGGUUCUCCGCCCAAACAAAGACCUUCGAAAGAUUGGUACAUUUGAUUGAUUGCUCUUCAC